AUGGUAUCAUUAACAACAAUAACAUCUGAUUUCACUAUCUAUAGUUUCUUCAUCAUAUUAAUUAUUGGAACAAUUGGAAAUAUAUGUAAUCUUAUUGCAUUUUUAUCGAAAGAUCUUCGAACAAAAGCUUGUAUAUUUUACAUGGUUUGUUCUUCUUUACUGGAUUUGUUCUUCAGCAAUUUUGGUAUUAUAAUUCGUUUUGCAACAGAAUAUUUUGGAAACAAUCUGACUAAUACUAAUCGUGGUAUUUGUAAAGUACGUGGUUACUUUCUUGUAUGUUUACCAGCUAUGGCUUCAACAGGUGUUUUAUUAGCAACAUUCGACCGAUGUGUAUCAACAUCAUCAAAUGCUCGUUGGCGACGAUUGAGUUCUAUCUGUGAUAUUUCAUUGAAAUUCAUCGAUUGUCAAACUUGUACACUAUUGAAUACUUGGCCAAUAAUUAAACCAAAUUGGUCAAAUUGUUCUGUUCUCUCCGAUGGCACAUUUAUAAUUAAUAAUAUUCAUGCUGAAUGUAUGUUAUUAAAUGUUCCUAUUCAUUGGAAUUCAUCUAAUUUAACAACAUGUACAGAAACAAUUCAAAUAUAUGUUAAACGUUAUUUUUCAUUAGGAUAUGAAAAUAUAUCUCAUCAUUUAUGGCGAAUACCAGGUGGUGGUGGUAUUCCUGUAUCAUCAUUAGAAUUUGAAGCUGUAACUGUUGUUGGUGCAUUAAGUGGUUCAGUUUCAGUCUAUGUUACGGAUAAACGUAGUGUUGGUGAAAGUAGUCGAUUAGAAUGUCCAACAUCGAUUGUUCAAAAUUUUACGGGUUGUUUAUCAUUUAUUAAAGCAAAUGAAUAUCGUUUAAAACAAAAUACAUAUACAAAUACAGCGCAUGAUUUAGAAUAUGUUCUUAAUGUUGUUAUGGGUAAAAAUCGUGAAAAUUUAAAAACAAAUCAACGUGUUAUUCUAAUGGGAUCAAGUCAAGGAACGUAUCUUUUACAACGCUAUCUUCAUGUCACUCAAGAAUCUGAACAAGUUGAUGCUGUUAUAUUUGAUUCGGUUUUACCACCUGAUACAACACGAUUAGUUUAUGGUGAUAAAUAUUUAAAUUAUAUAUUUUUAGAUUUAUUUACACGUUGUUCACAAGAUGAACAAGGAUGUGCAAAAUAUUUUGAAGAUAAUAAUCCAUUACGUGCUCUUUAUACAUAUAAAAUGAAUGAAGAUUUUUUUGAUAAUUCAUCUUGUCUUUAUCUAUUAAAAACAAAUACAACUGAACUUGCAAAUAAAAUGUCAUUUAUAUUAUAUCCGGAAGCGAUGCAAUUAUUACCUGCAUUGAUCUAUCGAAUCAAUCGAUUUGAAUUAAAUAAUAAUCUUGCUGAAUUAUGGUCUCCAUUGAAUUUAGAAGAAAAAAAUCCAACAUGUGAAUAUUUAAAAGGAAUAUCAAGCAAUACAUUUGCUUCUACAAAUGUUAUGCCGGAUAUUUAUUGUGAAAUUGAAAAAACAAAAAUCUUAGGAUAUCCGACUGAUCAAUAUUAUAGAAAAUAUCCAACAAAAAAAACUAAUAUGCCAAUGUUAUUGUUACAUGGGGAUAUGGAUCAAGCAUUGCCGUUACCUAUUCCUCGACAUUUUUUUAAACAAUAUUCAAUGAUAAACCCAAAUUUUAUCUAUAUUGAAAUGCCUCGAACAGGACAUACUGCGUUAGGUGGAUCACCAAUGGUUGACGAAGAAGGUACUUGUGGUUGGAACAUAGCUGUAUCAUUUAUGUUAUCACCAACCUUCGAACCUGAUCGUUCAUGUUUAAAUAAAAUUAGUCCAAUUGAUUUUGCUGGUACAACAACAAAAACGAAACAAAUAGCGAUACAAUAUUUUGGUACUGAUAAUAUUUGGGGUACAGAAAAACCAAAUGGAACAGUAAUAAAUAUAGCUAUCAAUAUUCAAUUGAAAAUGAAUCAAAAUGGAUGUACUAAUUUUGAAGAUCUCUCCAAUGAAAUAAUCUAUGAAAUUUUUGAUUUUCUUGAUACUUAUCAAGCUUAUGAAAUUUUUAGCAAUUUAAAUAUACGAUUUCGAAAUAUUCUUACUUUAUCAGAUCUUUCGAUUAAUGUCAAUAUUUUUAAUAUAUCAAAAUUAUCAUUUGAACAACAUUAUGAAGAAUUUUUUAAAUGUAAUACUCAUCGAAUUCAUUCACUUUAUAUUUCAAAUCCAAUUGUUAUUGAUUUAAUAUUUUCAUCUAUUAAAAAUGAUAUAUUAUUAACUCGACUUCGAAUACUUUGUUUGAAAAAUAUUGAUUUAAGUGACUGUGAAGAUUUUUUCGAUUAUUUAAUUCUAUUACCACAACUUUCAACAUUAAUUAUUUACUCAUUUAAAAAUGAUUGUGAUAGAAUUAUAAUCUAUGAUAAACUAUUUCGUUUACCAGCAUUAAAAUAUUGUAAAUUAUCGCUCAAUGAUAGCGAUAAUCUUCCACGGGAAGUAUUUUCUACUGCUUAUGAUACCCUUAGUCCUAUUGAACAUCUUAUUAUUGAUUGUAAUGUAUAUUUUAAUGAAUUAUUACAUAUAUUACUAUAUGUUCCUCAUCUUCGUCGUUUAUCAAUCAAAAGUCUGACUUGGCGUUAUGGUCAAGUGCCACAUACAUUUCCAUUUACUUUAAAUAAGCUUACACAUGUUUCAAUUGAAUUAAACUUUAUAAAAUUCGACCAAUUUCAACCCUUUAUGAUGAAUCUUUUUAAAAAUCUUCAAGUUUUAUAUAUUUCAACAAGUAUGGAUGAUGAAUAUAUCAAUGCUCAAAGAUGGGAAGAUUUGAUCACAACUCAUAUGCCUCAUUUACGAAUUUUUGAUAUUCAGCAUAAAACAUAUUUAUUUAAUAAUAUAAUUAAUGGUGAAACAUGUCAAGAUUUAAUGAAUCGAUUCGCUACAUUAUUUUGGACUAAACGAAAAUGGUUUUUUACACAUCUACUUUAUUAUUUAGACCGUUCAAAUUAUGGAGUUUUCUAUUCUAUACAACCAUACAGUGCUAAUGAAAUUACUUUUGGCAAAAAUGUUUAUAUAUCUCAGGAUUUAAUUAUAAAUAUUGCCAAUAGCAUGAUUCCUCUAUCACAAAUAACAAAAAUAACGAUUAAUAGUGAUUUUAUUUGUUUUUCCAAUAUAAUCGAAAUGUUAUGUUCAAUACCAAAUUGUAAAAAAUUAAUACUUACAUCUUUAUCAUUGGAAAACACAGAUUUUUCGUCGCUACAAUGUACGAAAAAUUUUCAAUAUUUAUCUUAUACAAAUACUAUUACAAAUAUUUUUAUUAAAUCAUGUGAUUUCAAAGGAGUUCAACUAUUAGUAAAUCUUUUUCCUCGAUUGGAACAUCUUCAUAUAAAUGAACUUCAGCAAGAAUUUCAAUCGAUUAUAAAAUAUUUAUUAAACAACAAUGAAGAUACUCGUUAUUUACAUUCAUUAUAUAUACGAAGUAUAAGUAAAAUAUGGAUUAAAAAACGAAAGAAUAUAAUUACAGAAAUUGAACAACAGAAUAACGUUUCUGUAAAACUUCCUGGUGAUUUUGGUUGCUAUUUAUGGUGGAAAUAA